UUUCUAGACCAACAACUACACAAUUUUCGCGACUUCAACCUAGAUCGUGAGAUCUAAUCACACUCAUCUGUCUACUCGUGAAUUUAGGAAUAGAGAAGUCUCAUCAACAUGGACACUUCUGCCGCAUCCGACCUUGUGGACGACCUCAGCGCCAAUAUCGACGAGCUUACUGCAGCUCUCCAACCUCUGAUCACCAAACCAAUAGACUCAACAGCCUCAACCUUCGCUCUGCCCAUAGAUAAAGCAAAAUUUUAUGCUUUGAGCACAUACGCAAUCGGCUCCAUUCUACACAGCUAUGAGCGCCUCAGUGCUGCAUCAAACCCGCAGGAAUACAGAUCUCACCCAGUCAUGACAGAGCUUAAGCGCGUGCAACAAUACAUGCAGAAGAUUGACGCAAUUGAAAACCCAAUUCCCGUAAAGACGCUGGAUACGGCUGCUGCUGGACGAUUCGUAAAGGCUGGGCUGGCAGGGAAUGACAAGUACGACGCCCAGAAGGCAGGGAAGAUAGACGGGGACAAGAUGGCAGCAAAGAGAAAGCUCGAGGAAAUGCCAGGUUAUUAUGAAGCAGAAAUCAAAAAGAGUAAGAGCAAAAAGAAAAAGUCAAGGAGGAGCGAGCAUUCUGUUCUGGAUGUGGAUGAGAAAGACUUGGAGCUUGUGAAGCCGAUCAUAAGCCAGGAGCAGAAGUCAGCAGAAAAGAAGAACAAAAAGGCAACUGGCGGCCUCACAGGUACCUGAGCUGGGCAAUGGUUCUUUACGACAGGCCUCAUAUCGAGUGUGAGAAUUCUGAGACGGCAGUAGUUAUUCCUGAAUGUCCGCAAUGAGCAGGAAACUGCGACUGCUGCGGGCUUCCUACAAGCCAGCAUAAGUACCAGUCUGGCUAGGUGUUUCAAUUACAUCUGCCCAAGCCACGAUGUCGCAGAAGGGCUGGCGCAUCAUGUCUUGAGGCCUCAGGGAUACUAUCCAGCCAUAUCGUCGCGUCUGUAUGAGUCUGGAUCCAACAUUCGUCCCCCAGCUCAAGGCUUGACAUGUUGAGCCAGCUUGAGAGAGGAUUAGAUGCCAGAUGCUUUAAAUGACAGUGCGCGCACAAAAGCUGUGUCCGUUCGCAGCUCUAAUUAAUG